AUGCUGAUGUAUUCCACUGGAAAAGAGUAUUUGAGUUUUAAAGAAACGAGUGGAGAAGUGAAGGUACGACGAUACUUGGUUAUUUCAGUUUAUUUGGCGCCGUUUCUUUUUUUAUUUGAAUUUUUAUACACAUAUGGUGUCAUCGUCCCUUUUGACGUAGAAAUCAAGAGAAACAUAUCACUUAUAUGAAUAUCGCGUGGUUCGUUUAAAGAAAAACAUUUUCCUGUCUAAAUGUGCGUGGCUCUUUAUCAAGAGUAAAAAAGCGAAUAUGUUAAUACUCCAUUGCUGUCCUAAUCAUUUCGAUUUAAAUUCAGCUGUCAUGUCUUUUACUUAACUCAUUUUGAGAUAAAUGUUUGGGUUUAUCAGUGAAUUUUUUCUUUAUUAAUAAAGUUGUGCGCUUCCUAAAAAACUUCUGCUUAGGUUAAAAAACACCAUAGAGGCUUGUCGAGAUCUGUGGAGUUGAACUUUUUCACCCGGCUUCGCUUAAAAACUGUUUAACGCAUUAAUGGCCAUAUUUAGAUAUUGAUUUGCCGUAUCGAGAAUAUAAUAUCUUGCACUCAAACCCCUCCGGCAUAGCGGUAUUUCGACCCUACAAUGUACAUUUCUUAAAUUGUUUUUUAAUUAAAGGCUUUGAAUGCGGGAAAUGAAAACAGAGAAAGGAAAGGAAUUCAAUUUACUCCACAAACAUAUUAUUACAGAAUUGGGGAUAUAUAUUUGAUACGUUUUUUUCUUAGCUUAUUUCUAUGAUCUGGGCCGAAAAAAAAUCAUUUGAAGUAACUUGCAUAAUUUUUUUUGAAUCAUAAAGUGCGUAGCUAUCGGAGCUGUGAUAUGACAGAAAUCUUUAAAUGAUGGACACCUUCAACUAAUUUUCUAAUUCACGCUGUAGAGGCCAGAAUAAACCAGAUGGGGACACGUACUAAUAGAAAUGGAGAAGAUUAGAAUAAGCUUUUAAAGAGGGACUUAUUAGACUUGAUCACAAGAGUACAUAACGUCGUGUGGUUCCUUCACAAGGGAGCUUUAUUGAGCACGGCAGGAGGUGUUACCCCCAACUUUGGAAAAAAGACUUUUAAAGGGCUGCCACACGAGUUAUUAUUUCCAUUUUUUUUCCACGAGUUAUUAUUUCCAGUUUUUUGAACCCAUUAAAGGAAACAGUCUGAGCUGAAAUAAAUAUUUUGGGCUAGUUGGAAGCAAGCACCAUUAUGAAAGAAAAGUUAGAAACAGAAAUGAUCUAUUUUGACAUUUUUAUUCCCAGCCACGAGCAUAGCAAUUAAUUUGCCUAGCUCGAGGCUUAAUAAUAAAUCGACCAUAGCUUUUUCGCAGCUGAUUUUUACAUCCAACCGGAAGUUUUAUUAGUCAUAGCAGCGGCAUCUGUUUGCGCGCAACAUAUAACACAAAAGUUAGCUAUUUUAUAGAAGAACUUUUACUCAUUCAUGUGUAAAAUUGUUAUGCUUCUAGAAUUUCACCGGAAAUAACGACAUUUUCACACAACGUUACAACUACGUCCCACUUCCGGUUAUUACGGGCCUGGUUAUGGUAAUACCGCUGGGAUGGAACAAUAAUAUUGGCUUACGAAUGCAAAUUUAUGGUUGUGCUCCGGGUAAGUCUGGUUAGAUUUUACUCAUUUGAGUCAUUUCUUGGAGAUUUUUUAGCAAAACUGCCCUUGAAGUUGUCAGUUUUUUUAUAUUUGUAAAAUUUAUUAGAUUAUUUAAGGUAAACUUUUUAUGAAUUUUUGAAAGAAACAUCAGUCAAUCUUCAAACAUUUGUUAGUACCAGCAUCUUUAGAAAAUGAGUAAUUGAUGGCCAGAGGUUUAAGAACUGUCCUCUCGUUCACUUCCCAAUUCCGGUGCAAAAUGUUGGCACAUUUUGCGACAAAGGAGACAAAUUAGAUCCUGUCUUUCUUGGAUGGCUGUUUUUAAUGAAAACGUUUCCCUAAAGGCCGUCAAUUUAUUUCCCUUAUGAAACAGUCAAACUUAUUAGUGAAGAAAUGAAGCAAAACAAAAACUAGAAAGCACAAACUAUUGAUAAAUGAUAGAAAUAGGCCCUUUCAUCAUUUUGUUAGGUUGUUCUUUAUAUAUAUAGACCUACAUUGCAGUUCGAGGGAAUUACUUAUGACAAGUUCCGUUCAUCCACAGGUUACUACUUUUUGGUGAAGCUAAAAAUAUUUGAACUUUUUGCAUUCAAUGAACUCGAAUGUUCGGAUAACUCAAGAGAACUGUAUCAAUACUGGUCAGCUAAAUCUACAAACGAGGUACAUUCGAACAAUCUAACAGUUAAUCACGAAUCCUGCUUUGAUCUGCAAUUAAAAGCUCUAUCACUAAUCCAUUGCCCCUCAUAUACGAGUACCUAAUUUAUCGCAUAUGCUUUCUGUUUCCCGGGAAGGGGUGUACAAAUGUUGGGCUAACACGUCAUUCACUAUAACCUUUACAUUUUCAUGUAAAAAUGUUUCCUAAACUCGCUCACAUAUCUUGUACCAUGAUUUCUCUUGCAGAUAAGACGUCUUUUAGAGCAGACCCAAGGGUUUCUGCGUGUGACGUUUCGACGCUUUCGGUGGGUGCUCUAAGUGUUUUAGUCAUGCUGUACUCUGGGGUUGAGAUGAGCUUUGAAACCUUUAAUGUUUUAGUUAUUCUAAAAAUCGACGUUCGAUUUUCGAUGGAAACAGACUCUCUCCCACUUGGUAGCGAAGCAGAUGUGAAAAAAAAAAAUUAACACUUUUAAGUAUUUUUUUGUUGUUGUUUUACUAUACAGGUUGAGUGCACGGUCGUUUAAACCAUUGGUUUCCGCUGAGUUGGAGAUACAUUGUAUCAAGGAAGCUUCCUCCUUCGUUUCUACGACCCUGGAAAAAAAAGUGUCUUCAGAACGCAUCGAAAUCUACUAUCCUGGUUGGUAAAAGAAUGUAUUCAGUUGCAGUCGAGCAGAUAUUUUAGCAACUCCAUGGGUAGCACAGAAACUUGCAAAAUUUUAUUUACUGCACUACUCAUCUUGAGUUGUGAAUCAUCAAAUGAAUUUUCCUCAACUCGAUGGCCCCUUAUCACCAACGUUUGUCCCAGUUUAUUCAGCAUAAACCUACCGUGGGUUUUAUUUUUCCAUCCUAGAGCCUAAGGAUGCUGUUCUAAGGCAAAUGUCCUUCCCAGAAAUUUUUAAGAACUCUCUUACAGUUUAGAUGGUAACGACUCGUACUCCUGAAUAGAAAAUUGGCACUGCGUGAGUAAUGUCCUCACCAAAAACAGCAGUCAAAGAGUUCUUGUCAGGGCUCAAACUUGGAUCUCUCAAAUCUUGUCUAGAUCGUAGGUGAAGCUGUCCUAAAGGGGCCAUAAAGAAAAUAACUUAAUUUUGGAUAUUCAUUCUUUCUAUUAAAUAACAGAUUAACAUUUGAUUUAAUUGCAGGAAAUUCCAGUUGUUAUUCCCCUGACGUCGAAAUCCACGUCGUCAAUAAGAAAUCUUUAACCAGGAAAGUUUUCACAACCUCACGCCCGAAAUUGCUCGCCGUCAUCUCUCGCUGUGACACCAGGCCUAUGCGAUUAAGUUCUUCCUUAUGGGAAAUGUCACUUGUCUGUGACGAAAAUCGAAAUCUUGCAUUUCAAAACAUUAGCCUUAAGGAGAGGUUCGUAUUUAACCCUCGCAAGAUUUGUGGAUAUUGCAAUACUCCCUAUUCAAUAAUUAUCAGAUAUUCAGCACGUCUCAAUGACCCUAGUGGAAGAAGAAUAGAAGCUUUUAACCUCCUCAAGGUGGAACUGCCAGAACUUUUGGCAGAGAUAAAAGGCCAGCAGGAGGCUAGCAGAGGAGUGUCGGGUGAAGUAAUCUUAAAUGCUUCGCAGUCACAUGAUCCAGAUAGCCUAGCUUAUGGAGUACUUAGUUUCAAUUGGUUUUGCAGUUAUAAGAUGGAUAACAUGUCUUUAAAUGAGAGCUGCGGUAACGGAAAGAUGACCUCAAACGGAUCAAUCUUGGUCGUAUACGUCAAUAGACUAAAGUCAAUGCAGAGCUACCAUUUUAAAGUGCUGAUUUCAAAGGGAAAUAGGAAAAAAGAAGCAACUCAUAUGCUUAAGGUGCAUCCAGCUGUAAACUUCACUUUCAGGUAAGACAGAAAUGCGUUUCGACAUCUUUUGUCAGACGGACUGCCAUAAUUUUUCUUUGGAAAUUAGAUUGCAUAAGAAACGAAAAAGUUAGAGUAGAAAAGGGCCAACAUGUGAUCCAGUCUAACGCUAACGAGCUCAUAGUAUCGGCUUGUCUUAGAUACCCGUGCAUUUUUAGUCCAAAAAAAAUUUACUUAAUUAACAACUCGUGUCAAGUUAAGAACUCGAUUCAAAUUUCAUCUGUUUGAACUGAAUUCACGUCCUUAAUAUGUAAGCAUGAUUAUCACGUUUCUUUAUUUUUGUUUUCAAAAUUAAUUGCAAUCAAUGUGCUAUACAAAAUGUCUUUCUGAUACUAAUGGCUACAACCUUUCUUGGGGCUAUCGGAGGCAAUUGGAUCCUACCGAGAUGAAACGUUUAAGUUUUCACUCGUAAACUCGAGCAAAGGGCAGGCGAGGGGAUCUUGCUUUUUCGUUUAGUAAUACAUUUAUUUCUGCUGCUGAGCCAUUAUCUAAUGACGAUUAUAUAUUAAUAGUGACAAUAUCUUUAAUUGCAGAUGCAUAACCAAUUGCGGUGAAAAGGUCAUUCAAUCCAAGCCGUUGAAGCUCAAACCCAUUUGUGAGGGAAAACUAUGCAAUUUGAUUAGGAACAUAAAAUGGCAUGUCUACAUUUUUCAUUCCACGAACCAUAGCCGUAGGUGGAAAAAUUUACAAGCAUUUACCUGUAUAUCUCCAAGACAAUUGAAAACUUUUUCCGAGAAGGGAUUUUCCUUGAGGAAUAUUUCUGAUGAAAUCAGAAACCCUCGGAUAAAGAUCAAGGCUACGAUUGGAAUACAGAUUAAACAUGAUUUGAUCCACGAAGAUUACGAGAAAGAGUUCGUUGUGAAUUCCUUGCCUGAUGAAAAAAAGGAAGGAGGUGGCUGUUCUGUCACCCCUGAUGACGGUUUCGCAGUGGAAACGUUAUUCAAUAUAACUUGCGUUGGAUGGAAUGACGAGGAUAAACCCCUAAAGUACGAGUAUCACUACAACACGAGCGCUGGCAUAGUAAUCAAUUAUCCAAAGGCAAUAAACAACAUGUUGUCUACACAUCUUCCCGCGGGGGAUAGAGCAAAGGACUUUGAGUUACUGGUGGGCAUUAUUGUUAUGGAUAAACUUGGAGAUAAAAGAACCAGCAAAAUUAGAGUCAAGGUAAGACAGUGACUUUUACAAUUUUUUAUUUUUCCUCAUUAAAAAAAAUUAUUUUGAUCUUUGGAUAAAGAUCAAGAAAAGAAAUGGGCUAAGAAGCCUCAAGCUGGGAGCGAGGCAAAUUUUAGACGGAUCAACUUUUACGAAAAGGAAUCUGAUCAGAACAUAAUCAUUUAUCCUUAAUCAGAUUAAUAAGGAAAAUUAAAUGUAUUGCGGGAAAUUAAAUGUAUUUCAGGGAGCGAUGAGAAUAGGAGAGCAGUCUAUUCUAAUGAGUUGGCAAUUGAAAUCAUGUAUUAAAAUUUAGCGUUGGGAAGGUAAAGAGGUUCAUCUCUUCGAGAUUUUUCUCAAAAGAAAUGAUUUAAAACCCACUUUUUUAGUCUUAAAUUGUGUUUUUCAAAUUUAAGAUUGCGUGACCGCUUGUUUCCGCUGUAGAGCUUCUAAAACGUGUUUCAGCAGUUUUUUUUUUCAUUCUGAGUAGGUAAGGGACCAGGACUCAGUGAUGGAAACGUUACAUAAGAUUGCAAACGGAAGUAAGAACAAAUUCAUAGACUUGGCAAACAAGAGUGAGUAUAAGAAGGCCUGCGAGGUGGCGAUUUCGGUGCUGUCAAUUGUGGAACAGAGGAGGCACUCGAAUGAUUCAAAGGUUAGUUACAUUUUGUUCAUCUCAAAAGCAGUACGAAUUUUUGCUACAAAUAGUUACAAAAAACAAUAACAUCUCAACGGAAAAGUGAAAUCUCAAAAGGAAAUACUUUCGAUCAAACACAAGAGGAAAAGGACGAGAUAGCAAACUCAUAGUUGGUUUUACAGAUUAUUUAUGGAAGAUUGUUCCAGUUUUUUUUAACUAGAGCGAAAAAAAAAAAGCCAUUUCAAUCGAUACUCAGCUGAAAAUUAUUAUUGCUGUAGCUUGCUAUGAUACAGAAAAUUUGUAGCUAGCUUUAAUAAUUGAUCAGAUAUAAUAUGCAAUUUCCGGGGAAACAUGGAGUAAUUUUUUCUUUCGCUCUAUCUAAUAGCGAAGUGCAAUAUCAGAGGAAACAGCUCGGAAGGUAAGAAUAUAUAGAUUAAAAGCCACAUGCGAAGUCACGAUUAGCUCAUGGUUGCCUUUUUAAAAAGAAUUACCUAAUUAAGUUUUUUACUUAUGCCUAGCUGAAAGAUAAUACCAUAAACGCACUGAAAGGAGCUAGAAUCCACGAUAUGGACAUUUUCACAAAAGUUACUACGGUGUUAGCCAUGGUAACCGACGAAAGAGACGAGAUAUCUCAAGAUAAACAGGUAACAUGGGGUACUUAUUUUACCGCUCGGUACAAAUUUUUAGGCAACUGUUUUUCCUGUUUGCUAUCAAGUUGAUAUCUUUAGCUAUACCCUGUUUGGAGAGGAAAGAAUGUCAUAAAACAGGCUUUAGGCUUUGAAUGGAUAAAAUGAAGAAGUUGACAAUCUUUAGGCGAAUUGAUAACAAAAAGUAAAUGCAUUUGGCCUAUUUUAUAUUGUACUCAGGGCGUGGCAUUGGAACUGCUGGAAAAUGCAACAAAUUUUCUGUCCUCGUUACUAGCGAACAAAAGCGAAGAUGCAGAUGCACGCACGGUGGCAGAGAUCAGUUCCAAAGUAUUACUUGGGUUGGGAAAUAUUUUGAGAAUAUCUUCUGAAGAUGCCAGAAUCUAUGUACUUGGCUCCGCAAUUGGAAAACAUUGGUAUAAUGUGGACAAGACUAAGGUAUUGCAGAAUACUCAAGAUUGACAGUGUAAUUACGAUAUGAUUUUUUACUUCACUAACUAACAUUCCUCACUGGGGUACCCGUUCACUCUGGAUUGGUCAUUACUAAACCAUGGCAUUUUACGUUGAGAUGAGAAGAACACCGCAAAGCAUGACGAGUGUCGUCAAAGCUUGGUCAAGCCAGGUCACUGUAGGUCGGUAAGCUCAGAGGUUUACCUCACUCAGGCUUCGUCACGAGCCAAACACCUUUUAACAAAUUAAAAAUUUCCACUUUUCCUUUAUUUUUCAUUUGCAGGGAAGAGCUAUUGCCAUGAAAGCUCUUAAAGUUGCAUGGAAACUUCGAAAUCUCCUCUUGGUUACCGAAUCUGCUGUGGAACCUGUGGUUGUUGACAGUCGCUUUCUGUCGAUGGUUCUCUUCGUACAGGAUAAGUCAAACGCAAUAGUAGAAAUCGACAAGAUUAAGUUUAAACUACCGAAUUACAAAGAGGCACUCAACGCACAAGGAGUAAAUGGGGCUGAUCUCACUUGCAAGGUGGUGUUAUUCAAGAUAAAUCCUUACACUUGGCACACUAGUGCAGCAAGAGGUAAGUAAGUUACUGUUGAAAGUACUAACAACGUGGGGGACAAUUCACUUCUCUUUGGCGAGAAUCAUAUAAAUUACAAUUUGUUACGUGAGGUCACAGUGAAAAGCCAUUCCUUGUGAAUUGCAUCUAAAAAAGUUACUGUAACUCCUUUUCUCCCUACGAUCAUACUAUCGAACUACGAACUGCUUGACAAAAUUCUGUGGUUUGGACAAAUAUUUUCAUUCUCCAUGUCAUUCGAAAUUAUUUAUCGCUGCAACUGUCCAUGUAACAUGUAACUUCACAUUUUCUUAGCUUUAAGUGGUGUUUCUGAGCGUAGCCAUAAAAUCAAUAAUAUGACUGGAGUCGUAGUCGUGAGCUUUAAGAUGAAAACACAACGUAAAAAUAGUAAAAACAAAUAUUUCGGCUAACCAACAAGAAAACAACCUAAGAGCAAUAUCAUAAUGAGACUGACCAUUUUGAAUAGAUGGUACACUCUUUUUUUUCUCUUGUAGUCAAAUCAUGGGUUAUUGACGUUGUCCUUCAGCCUGAAAAAAAGAAAAAUUUGUCUUUCUCCAAUUUAAAGAAGCCAGUGCAGCUGUAUAUACCGCAUAACACCAACAAUGGAUCUAAAGGUGAUGUCCUGAGCAAGACAGUGCAUUAUUUUGUCAAACCAAGCUUUGAAAUCAACGACUCUAAGUUUAUACAGUACCAUGAAGUUAACAUUCCUCACAAACGCGAUGUAGUUUAUGUAAAACUGAAACCAGAGAACCUAUUUCCUGUCUCUCUACGUGUCUAUGUGAGCUUUUAUGAUUACCCCACGCCAACGAAGCACACCUUUUCAGUUGCAAUACCAUGCAAGCUCGGAGAACCGAAAUGUGGCAAGGAUAGCUAUAUCUUUUCUUUCAAUGCUUCUGAUACUGGCCAUACUGGAAUCCACUACAUUGGGAUACACUAUUACGAGAACAAUAGCCAUACAGACAUGCCUCUUCACAAAAGAGCAAGAAGAAGUGUUGAUCCCAAGACCGGACUCCGGAGCUAUUGCAAAGACGGAGGAAGACGAAAGAAACGAUCUUGUGUUGGCACGAAAGAUCCGCCCCCAGCCCCCACGCCUGUACCCACCAUUUUGAGGCCAGAAUACAAUGCUUCUACAGAUUUAAAUUACACCUUGGUGGUAUCAGUCGGGAGUUGCUUCUAUUGGUCUGAAGGAAAGGAGUAUUGGACCGACGAGGGAUGUAAGGUAGGGAUUGCUGCUGAAAUGAUGAGUAUAAAAAACACUUAAGUAAAGUACAUCUUCGAUUACAAUGGCUUUCAUACCUUGUGUCUGCUGGGGUCGUAAGUGGUGGUGGGUCGCAAACAAACCCACCCUACUCCUCCAGUCAAGGAAUUUGUCAAUGACGGUAUUUUAUUGUUUUAAAAGUUUCUUUCAUCUGGUUUGCUCCUUUAGAUUGCACCAGAAGUAGUUUCAGGGAAUAUCUACUGCCAAUGUAACCACCUAUCUUCUUUUGGCGGAGCGUUCUUCGUGGAACCAAAUAGAAUUGAGUUUCACAAGGUCUUUGGUGAGUUCAGAGAUCUCAGGAAGAACUUCGUCGUCUUGGUAACGGUAUGCAGCAUGCUCUUGAUAUAUUUUAUUGGCCUCGUCUUCACCCGCCGGGCAGACAGACAAGAUACACAAAAGGUCAGGAAAUAAAAUGUUGCUAUACACUUUUUAUUCAGGAAGGAUAAAGAGACUAGACAUCUGAAUAAAUGUAAUUUGAAAAAGAUCUCCAGUACAGCAUAAACUUGAGCUUAGGGGCCUGGUUUCUGCCACCCAAUGACAUUUUCGGUGCAAGAGGUAAGUAAACAACUACACUUGGAGCGUUUUCAAUUAAUCAGAGCUGGUCGGUCAGGCUAGCCACGAGAUAAAGGAACUCCAUUUUUAAUAUCGAGUACUAAACUAGAUUAUUAAGAGCAUAUAACGUUCUUUUCUUUUCUGUGGGAGAGAACUCAUAGUUAUAUCAGUGCUUGCGCGUCUUUUUAUUCUAAAUAACAAGAAAAAGUAGAAAUUGCAGCUGUGCCAGAGAGAGAUUUAUUUUUUAAUUUGUCGCUACUAGAUAAUACCAAAUGUUUAUCUUCCGGUUGGCGACGAGGAAGGACCACAUCACUACCACAUAUCCAUUCAGACAGGAAUGUGGAUAGGCAAUGGAACCACAGCCAGUGUUGGAAUGAUAAUUUACGGCGAGGACUCCUACAGUGAUACGAUCGUCCUUAACGACUCAUCUUUGCAGAAAUCGUUUUUCUCUCGUGGAAGUAUUAAUACAUUUACAGUAUCUUUGCCAAGAAGACUGGGGUCGCUUUACAAAGUAAAAGUUUGGCACGACAAUAGCGGCGAGAGUCCUGGGUGGUUCUUACAAGAUCUAGUUAUAACGGAAUUGGAAACGGAGGAAAAAUGGUAUUUCCUCGCAAAAAGAUGGCUGGCAGUCGAAAAAGGUAAGGGAGAGAUCGAACUAGAGCUCAAAACUUCAAAGAAGAAGGAAAUAUCUUCGUUUAAAAACCUUUUCCACUUCAGAGCUUCAAAGCAACUAGCUGAUGGACACUUAUGGAUUUCUGUCUUCGCAAAACCACCUCAAAGCCCCUUCACGCGGACGCAACGGUUAUCAUGUUGCAUGUCUGUGGUCUUCUUAGCCAUGGUCACAAAUGCUAUGUUUUAUGACUUUGGUCAGAGGCCUCGCGACACUUUUCAAAUUGGACCGUUAACCAUGAGUUGGACACAGGUGAAAAUUGGAAUCCAAAGUGCAUUAAUCGCACUACCUGUAAAUGUAUUCAUUCUAACUGUUUUUCGAAAUGUCAAAACUAAGACAACACUAAAGGAUCACAGAGAGCUCGAGGAGGAAAAUUCACCAAAAGGACUCCCACACGUUUUCAUAUACGUGGCAUGGGUUCUUUGCAGCCUCGCCAUUCCGUCUUCAGCGUUCUUCACUGUGUUGUACAGCCUGCAAUGGGGAGCGAAUAUCUCAAAUGAAUGGCUCACAUCAGUGCUCAUUUCUUUUUUACAAGACGUGUUUAUCUUGCAACCCGUUCAAAUUGCAAUUAUUUCUUCAUUACUAUCGAUUAUAAUCAGAAAACCCCUAAAACAUGAUCCGGUGCGUGGCUUGCCACACCGAAAAAAUCCGUGCCAGGAAGACACUAUGGUUCUACCGCCAGAAAAAGACGUGCUAGAAACAUCUCGAAAGUUCUGGAUAAAACUUCGAAAGAUGUUUCGAUCUGUCCGGGAAAUCAGCUUCUUUUUGAUUUUUGUUAUAUUACUGUUCGUAGUAUGCUAUGGAAAUAGGGACGUUUCAAGAUAUCACCUGAGAAGGUCAGUCGGGGAUAUAUUCAAUAAAUCUGGCGAGGUAAGAUUUCUUUCCUAUCCAUGUUACAGUGGGUUUUUGUGGGAGUCACGGUUUCCUAUUGGUCAUUGCGUUGAACUUCUGGUCGAGAAUUGUGGGUCGAAACUUGGCCCGGUUAUAGUGUCGUGUUCUUGGAACUCACAAUACCUCUCUCCACCCAGGAGUAUAAACAAGUACCAACGAAUUAUCGGGAAAGCCUGAUCAAAUGCUUGAGGCAUCCUUGCGAUAGAUUGGCAUCUUGUACAGUCGAGAGUAGUAAGGUAGAAUUGGGCGCCUCAUGUGAUGGAAACUGGGAUGAACUCCGGCUGGAUGGGCCACUUUAACCCUUUACACCCUAACAUCAGUAUGCAAACUCUCCUUACUGUGCUCUACACAUUUCCUAAGGUGCUGACAAGGAGAAUUUGUUAAAAAAUCAAUAGCCUCUUUAGAUGGUGAUCAUUUCCUUUAUUCUUGUAACCUAAAUGACUGAUUCGCGGAUGAUAUUGUAAGGAGAAAGUAGGUGAUAAUCACUAUUAGGGGUUGAAGGGUUAAUACCUUCACUACCCAUGACAAUCAAUAAUCAACCUACAGUCGUUACAUAUCAAUUUAUUAUUACAAGUCUCUAUUCGUCAACGUUGGCAAGAAAACUGUACAGGGUAACGCCAUUUUACAGGAUGCAUCCUCCCCAUGGAGACUUCCUUAAGCUUCCCAUUUUUACCAAAGCAAUGGUAUUUGGAUAAAAGAGUUUCAUAAGCCCCCCUACGCAGUACUCCUGGCUAUUAACAGCUCUUCGCUUCUCGCAGCUACCACGAAAUUUGAUCAAAGAUGAAUAGUGGGAAAUUUUCAACGCUAUAGUUUAUUUUGAAAUUAUCUGAUGGUAUAUCCCUCUCAUUCUGAAUUUUUUAGGGAAUAAGGAACACCACGGCAUUUUGGAACUGGACUCGAGAAAAACUAGUGCCAGGCCUCUUCUUAUCCAAAUGGUAUAAUGGGAAGCAGGUUAAGUUAGGGGAGGGUUUCAUCAGCAGUGGAUAUCCUUUUCUAGUUGGCAUGCCCAGGCUCCGGCAGAUUAGAGUGAAAUCAGGUAAGAAUGUAAGACGCUAAAGGGUUAUCAGGUUCUAAGGAAGCACGUUUUAUCUUUCUUAAGACGCGCUCUGUAGUUGGGAAGAAUUGGAAUUAAUCAUGAAUAGGUGUAAAUUUUGGACUAUGCGUUGCACCCUCUCCACAACUGAUUGUUGGGCGACUUUAAAAGCGUAUUUCAUAUUAGCGAUUCCAAAAUCUGAAGGGUGAGCAUAGUCAUCUCGGAAAAUAGUAGUAGCUUCAACUACUCAGUGAAUUUCUGUUAUAAGCAGAUGUUCGGACACAAAGGGUGAUUGUCUUGUAAUGUCGCAUCAGAGGAUAAGCCAGCUUUAAGGGGAUUUACGUAAAAUUUUGAACUCGUUCUUUGCAGAAUCAUGUCUGACGGAUGAUUACAUUAAAGUGAAGCGAUGCUUGUCACAUUACAGCUCUCAUUCAGAAGACAAGACGACAUACAAUCUCCGUGACUGGACACCAAUUUAUAACAUCAGCGAAUUCGAGGCUUCGUUUGAUGAGGUAUGUCCUAAGCCCUGGAGGUAUAGGACAGCAAAUGCCUUGGAGGCACUCCCCUUUAACGGGUUCUACGCCAGUUACGAUGGUGGAGGCUAUGUCGCUGAUCUUGGCUAUAAUGCUGAAUCAGCUUUAAGAGUAAUCGAUGACCUAGAAAACAACGAUUGGAUUGAUCUUAGAACAAUUGCAGUGUUUGUUGAAUUCACAGUUUAUGAGCCCUCAAGCACACUUUUCAGCGCAGCCAAGUACUUGCUUGAGAGGUACCCAACAGGAAGCUCCAUUAUGAAUACCAGAAUUGAUACCUUAAAGAUUUUUUACCCUGCGGAUCCUGGAUUUCGUUCGAUUUAUUUAGCUUGUUACUUCCUACUUAUUGUUUUCCUUCUUGGAUUACUUUUGAUGGAGAUUUUAAAACUAUUUAAUCAAGGAUGGAGGUACGUAACACAUUUUUGGAACUUGAUAGAUGCUUUGCAAGUUAUCGCUGCUGCAGCUGCAAUGGCAUCCUUUUUCUUCAAGGCCAAAUAUACGAGUGAUUUUUUAAAGCGUGUUAAGAAGAACCCGUUCGCCACAUCAAGUUCGGACUACAUUGUAUUGUGGUGUGAUGUAGAAACGUGGCUGCUGUCUCUUGUCGUCUUCAUUGUUACCGUGAAAUUUUUGAGGUUGCUAAAAUUCAACAACCAUAUCUGUCACUUCACGUAUACCGUGAAAUCAGCAUUGAAACAUCUAUUUUCGUACUCAAUGGUGUUCACAGCUACAAUCCUUGCAUACACACAGUUAGGUACUCUUCUAUUCGGAAGCAAUGUGUCUACCUACUCAAACCUGGCAAGAUCCCUCGUGAUGCUCUUAGAAAGGCUGCUGGGUGAUAACAUGUACACAAAUGAGCUCAAGGCAGCCAACCAGAUUAUGGCCCAGUUGUUUACCGUUGCAUAUUCGUUAUCUAUUGCAAUGAUAUUAAUGAACAUGUUUUUGAGUAUCCUUCACAGUUCCUACCGGGAGAUAAGGCUUCUCAAACAAGGGCGUUUUCCUGACGUAGAAUUAGCUCGGUUUGCUGCGCACUAUUUCAUGGACAAAGUCAAGAUUCUUUGGCAUGACACUAAACACUCAUUAAAAGAAACUAAGCUCAGAAAACUGCGAUUUAAUAGAAGGAAAGCAGAUGUCUUUGGCAUUUUGAAAAGGGACUCCAAAAUUAACCGAAAAGCUGAGGAGUACAUUUGCUUGUCAUCCGAAAAUGUAAGAUUCGAAGAGGUGGUUUUGGAGGAAAUGAUAGAUAUUGAUUCAGUGGAUGAGUACAAUUCGCUAAAAGACGUGAGGAAAACUAUACUUCAAAUAGGAGGAAAUUUCUUUCUGACACAAAAUGAAUGGAGUUCUAGUAGCAUAAAUGAAGAAGACGACGACAGAGAAGAUGCAAGCUCAUCGAAAGGCGACUGGAGUGACGGAAUGGAAAGCAGUUUUUCGAACACGUCGGACAUGGAUCUUGUUUAA